AUUCUUAAACUGCUCGUAAGAAUUUUAAAAUAGUGAAAAUUGUUAAUUUUGAUAAAUGUAAUUGGUAAAAUUUUUGGAAUGAAUUUUGGAAAUAGCAAAUACUUUAGCAAAGACACUAAUUUAAUGAAUACAAUAAAUAAGUUAUUAUUGAAUACUCAAAUGGCUCAUAAAGGAUAAAAAAGUAAUCCAUUUAUAGUUGAUGCUCGAACUCCGAACAGAAUAAUAAAAGAGAAUGAUGAUAAUACAAAUACUUACCUUGUUUCAUAUGGUAAUAAUUAAGUUUUGGAAGAUAAAAACUACAUUGAAGUAAAUUACCCCGAAUUAGUCGAGGAUUAUAAUUUUUUUAUUACAACAGGAGAAAGAUAUGAUUAAGAAUUUCUUUAAUAGAAGGCUCUGCAGUUUGCUUUAUGUUAAAUACAAGAAAAUCCAAUUAUAGAAUAGCAUUUGUUAGAGAGAAAUAAUAAAGUUUAGAUCAAGUAAUAGAGAAAAUAGACUAUUCGAUAUAAGUGUUUGAAUAUUCUUGAUAUUUAAAUCAAUUCAUCAUUGAAGGAUAAAAAGUUAGCAAUUAAAAUGAAAGCCAAUGAAGGCAAUAUUACAAAUAUUCCAAGCAUGGAGAAAUUAAUUAAAAUUACCCAUGAAUUAUAAACCAUAGGAUAUACUUAAGAUGAAUUGAUAGUAAGUUUUACUCUCAAGAAUCACCAGGAAUGCAUAGAAGAUAAGUCUAGAUUAGUGAUCGAUGGUCAAAUAGAUAAGAAUAUUAAGUUGAACGAUUGA